ACGGGGUUAGGCGUUAGCCCGGGAAAGCGGGGGCAGGACCAUCCGGACAAGCGCCCACUCUGCAGCCUCCCGGGCCGCACGGAGCCCUCGCCGCGCCUCCGCCCGGUGCGACCUCCUCCGCUCGCCGACCCCGCGCUGCGCCCCGCCGCUGACUUGCGUGUCGCCCCGAUGCAGUCCCUGGCGCACAUCUUCCGGGGGACGUUCGUCCACUCCACCUGGACCUCCCCCAUGGAGGUGCUGCAGGAUCACCUCCUCGGCGUGAGCGACAGCGGCAAAAUCGUGUUUUUAGAAGAAGCAUCCCAACAAGAAAAGCUGGCCAAAGAAUGGUGCUUCAAGCCAUGUGAAGUAAGAGAGCUCAGCCAACACGAAUUCUUCAUGCCUGGGCUGAUUGAUACACACAUCCAUGCCCCUCAGUAUUAUUUUGCUGGGAGUAAUGUAGACCUGCCACUUAUGGAGUGGCUGACCAAGUACACAUUUCCGGUGGAAUACAGAUUCCAGAGCAUGGACUUUGCCGAGGAGGUGUACACCAGAGUUGUUAGGAGAACACUAAAGAAUGGGACAACCACAGCUUGUUACUUUGGAACAAUUCACACUAACUCAUCUUUGCUCCUUGCAGAAAUUACAGAUAAAUUUGGGCAGCGGGCAUUUGUGGGCAAAGUCUGCAUGGAUUUGAAUGACACUGUUCCAAAGUACAAGGAAACCACUGAAGACUCAAUCAAGGAAACCGAGAGAUUUGUGUCAGAAAUGCUCCAAAAGAAUUAUAUCCGAGUGAAGCCCAUCGUGACACCACGGUUUUCCCUUUCCUGCACUGAGACUUUGUUGGCUGAACUCGGAAACAUCGCAAAGACCCAUGAUUUGCACAUUCAGAGCCAUAUAAGUGAAAAUUCUGAUGAAGUUAAUGCAGUGAAAACCUUAUACCCCAGUUAUAAAAACUACACAGAUGUGUAUGAUAAGAACAAUCUUCUGACAAAUAAGACAGUGAUGGCACAUGGCUGCUACCUCUCAGCGGAAGAACUGGAUGUAUUCAGGGAACGAGGAGCAUCCAUCUCACAUUGUCCCAAUUCUAACUUAUCGAUCAGCAGCGGCUUUCUCAAUGUGCAAGAAGUCCUGAAACAUGAAGUGAAAAUAGGGCUGGGUACAGAUGUGGCUGGUGGUUAUUCAUCUUCCAUGCUUGAUGCAAUCAGAAAAGCAGUGAUGGUUUCCAAUAUCCUUUUGAUUAAUAAAAUAAAUGAGAAAAGCCUCACCCUCAAAGAGGUCUUCAGACUAGCUACUCUUGGAGGCAGCCAAGCCCUGGGCCUGGAUAGAGAAAUUGGAAACUUUGAAGUGGGCAAGGAAUUUGAUGCCCUCCUGAUCAACCCCAAAGCAUCUGACUCUCCCAUUGACUUGUUUUGUGGGGAUUUUGUUGGUGAUAUUUCUGAUGCUGUAAUCCAGAAGUUCCUCUAUCUAGGAGAUGACCGAAAUAUCGAGGAGGUGUAUGUGAGCGGAAAGCAGGUGGUUCCCUUUUCAAGCUCAGUGUAAGACCCUUGGCAUCAGCAAGUUCUCCUGGGAAACAUGGUUCUGCAUCUCCCUUGUGCCCAGGGGCAGUUAGAAAGUCAAAACCCAGUACCUUGUCCUUGGGGUGCCUGUCUCCUUCUGUGUCUAGUUACAGGAUCCACUUGACUAAUCAUUGGAAGGGAGUUGUACUCAUUCUCAACUCUCUGGCUGGGAGGAUUAAAAAUCUCUCCCUUUUGAGCUUUUCAGAUUUGCUUUAAGCGCAGGCAUAAGGGAAUGUUAGUUCUGGUGGUGUUCUUAUUAUGAGAUUUAAGUAAAACUGAUUUCAUAUUUGGGAACGUGGAGAGAAAUUCUUCCUGUAAGAUUAGAUAUAUUGAGCUAAGAAGUGUGAAAAUCAGACAACAGAAAAUGAACCAGUGAGUAUAUUUCUAUGAGGGAGAGUAAGUUAGACUAUAAGCAAAUGUUGGAAAAUCACUUCAGGUUGUGUUUGAAAAGUAUAUACUGAGCAUACUAAUUUAGAAAGAACUUGUUGUAUUUUAGAACGUGUUUCUAGAUUGACCUUGUGUUCAGGAAAUUUGCAUUUAAUGGAAUUUGCAUUUUAGAGAUGUGUCAUUGUUGUGUUUUUGCCGCCUUUGGAGAGGAAAUGUCAGAAAUUAAAUGCCACAUAUGCUUUCUUAAUAUAGUUCUUUGCUUCAAGUGUUUGACAGAAGUCGGGUCUUAAAGACUGGAGGUCUCUAGCACUAUUACUCAUAUUGCUACGUGGCAUAACUAGCUUUUGUACUUUAAAUUACCUUCAUGUGUAACUGUGUGAUGCUAUUAUUGCUUCAGUUAUAUUAGAGGAAAAACAAAUUCCAUACUCCACUGUUGUGUAGACAAGAAAGAGUCUUCGUAAGCUGGGGCAGGUCCUGGGCAUCCAGGAGCUUCAGUACCAGAGGGAAGGCUGAUGCUGCAGUGACCUGUUCUCCCCAAGAGCUUUGCCAUAGUUGCUGGAAGAUGUCAGUCUGUUAGCACUUUAAAACGAAAGGCAAACGAAUAUGAAUGUAAUAAAGAAAAUGAAUAUUAAAGAAACCUUAUUAAAAAUCUCUAAACCCUG